AUGUCAAGAAGAGGCUUACGAGAUGAAGAAAUCGAACGAUUAUUGUGUGAAAUUCCAUCAGACGAGGAUUCCACUGUUGACACCACAGAUGACGAAUCUGAUUAUGAAGCAAGCAUUGUUGCGGAGGCUAUUGUGUCGUCUGAAGGCGAAGUUUCAGAGAGCGAGGAAGAAAGUGAGUCCACUCCGCCAAAACGCGCUGCUGACACAGCGCCAACUUGGGGACAACAAUUCAAUGCUACCUCAGGAAUGCAGUUCGACAGUGAAUCAGGACCAAGUGCUUUUAUUAGGGACAUUGAUGAUCCAGAACCUAUCGAUAUAUUCGAAAAAAUAUUUCCAAAAGAGCUAGUUGAGCUAAUCGUUUUCCAAACAAAUUUAUAUGCGACGCAAUCUGGCAAGUCUUUCACUCCAACAACUGACAAUGAAAUACGAACUUUCCUGGGAAUCAACAUUUUGAUGGGUAUAAAGCGUAUGCCAGCAUACAGAGACUACUGGUCUAGUGCCCCAGAACUUCAUGAUCGUUAUAUUGCAUCUCUGAUGGCAGUAAAUCGGUUUGGAUGGUUACUGAGGAACAUUCAUCUGAAUGAUAACACAUUGCAUCCAGAAAAAGGACACCCAGGUUAUGACAAACUGUACAAGCUGCGACCAGUGAUCAAGAUACUAUCUGAAUCUUUUUCCAAGUGUUACCAACCCAGCAAACACCUAGCAAUUGAUGAGUCAAUGAUCAAAUUCAAAGGCCGCAACAGUAUGAAACAAUACAUGAGAGAUAAACCCAUAAAGCGUGGUUACAAAGUGUGGAUGCUGUGUGACAAGACCUCUUACAACUUGAAAUUUGAUAUUUACACCGGAAAAGCAAAUAUGGCCAGAGAUGACCAGAUAUGUGCUUCAUCCACUGGGCAGGGGAGUGCUGAGUUGAUAGACCUGCCAGUGCCUCCAACAGCAACUCGGUUCCCAGCAUUUUAUACCCAUAGCAUCCUGUUCAUUUGCACCCUGGUCCACUUGAAGUAA